CGCAGGAAAAUGCGCAUCCGACCAAGUGUCCUCUUUCCGGCGUCUUCCCGAAACAAGGAGGUGUAGAUAUUGUUCAAUUUGUUGGACACAGACAGCGGAUUCCUCACCCGAUUCGCAGAGUCUGCCACAGCGCGGACACGCGGGCGGAGCGCAGGAUCAGUCACCGGUCAUCAUCAUCAUCAUCAUCAGCAGCAGCAGCAGUCACCCGUCUGCAGUGGAUGGAUGCCAUGGACAGGACACGUCCCGGUCACCUCAGCCUGGUCCUCCUGUUUUACUGCCUCACGUGCGGGUCACCGGCUAGUACAGGGCUCCCCAGCGGCCUGUCCGGGUGCCUGGAGGAUCUCCCCCUGCGAGAGCUGUCGGAGGUGCGGCAGAAGAUGUGUGAGAUGGUGUGGAGAGAUCACAAUAAGGAUGAGACUCAAGACGUGUACAAGCGGUUCCUGUUCCAUUACUCCAAGGCUCAGAACUCGCUGCGGUCCAUGAAGAGCGAGUCUCAGUCUGUGCACCCUUUGAUGCGCCUGUCCCCUAAACUCUCGCAGAAGAGGAAGAAACCCGUCCCUUGGAGGAGCUGAAGAGUGUGACCCCCCCCCC